GCAUUUUCUUAUCAAUAGUUAUUUGUGUUUAUCCUUUAGAUCUCGCAGGCCUGUUUUUCUGGGAUUGGUAGCGCUAUCUUGUAGUUGGCUCGGCUUCAUCUCUAUGGUUAUUAGACUACGAAUGAAGUGAAUUCCAUCCCACUGAGCCCAGCCAACCUCGAAGAAUUGCAACUUUGUUCAGAUUAUGUUGGCAUAAUGGAACGCCUUGCUUCCAAUGAAUCGGUGACCAAGCUACCCUGUUCGGCACGGGCUCAGCCAGAGCGCCGCUCGGCAAUGAAGUCGGCCAUAUCAAAGAAAUCACAAGUGCAAGUACACGUGCAGUUUGCGGGAAUAUCUAGUGAUUACACUCCAUGUCCACUAUCUCCCAGGUCGCCCAAUAUUGAACGCUCUGCUCCUCGGCCAGAGUACCGCCCGGCGCUCCAGAGGUCAAUCUCUAAUACGAGCAUCAGACAUAGCACACCUAAAUCCAGCCUGGCCUACGACACAAGUUCCUCCCUAAAUGUGUCUAAUGACACCACGAUUACUAUAUCAAGCAGUCCAUCGACAGAGGAAUAUGGAUAUUUUACCGCCGCCAAUAGGCGCCUUGAUAGCAACAUAGACAACUAUCUUGCUAAUGAUCGUCACCUUCCCAUUACUAGUAUACCAUCGCUGGGUGACCAAUCAUCAGCACGGGUUUGUCUCCGUGAUACUGACAAUGUUGAGGUUCUCAAAAAUAUUAUGAAUACCUUGAGAAUCAAUAAAAUCCCAGGACCACAGCUGUUUCGCAGCCAAACAGAGUUUCUAAGUGUGCUCGGGUUUGGCAGCGAAGGAAAUGUUCGAGGAAUUGACGACUCGGUCGACAAAUCAAUUACCAGAUUGAAGAUUAGUAGGCGACCCAAAUGGGAGAGAUUUGCUAUCAAGCGUCAUGGACCACAGGCCGGGCAGCAAGUAUACAAGCUCAAGAACUACUUGGCGGCGGCUGAAGCCGAGAUCAACGCCCUCUCCAAUCUAUUAAGGGGACAUCCCAAUAUUGUCCAGCUUAGGGGCUGGGGCCUAUGUUUGGACACUCUUGAACGAAGUCAGAGAAUCUCUGAAUUACAGAGGGACUUGUCACCGUCCAAUCUCCACCUUCCCCUACUUGUUCUAGAACGCGCCGACGGUGAUCUCGCAACGUUUCUAGAAUACGUAUUCGGAGAUGGCAAGAAAACCGAAACUUCCGAUUGUAGCCAGGAAUCACUUGCAGAAGCAGGUCUUUCACAAUCUAGAGAUAAUCAAACUGCUGAGCUACGAUCAAACCCGCCAAUGACAGUCACUGGUGCCCCUGGGCCAGAAGGGGUCUCGCUCUCAGGGGCGACUCUCUUGGGGAAUGACGAUGAGCCGCCCAAGUAUCUUACUGUGCAAACGCAGUCUCAAGAGACACAUAGAAAACCUUCAAGUUUCAAGAUUAUUAGUGGUAUGAAUCGCCAUGAAUUGUUGCGUCGUUUGUGUAUCGAUAUCGGACACGGGCUACAAGGGCUUCACGACCUGAAUAUGACACAUGGUGACCUAAAACCACGCAAUGUACUUGUAUUCAAAGAAGGGCCCAAAUGGACGGCUAAGCUGUGCGACUUUGGCCAUUCCAACUCGUUUGACUCCUCCAACGAUCACGUACGUUACCUGGGCACAGCCCACUGGAGACCGUAUUGGUUCGGCGCUGACGACGAGCUACAUGAUAUUACGACAUUGCAAGCUUUUGACCUUGCUGUUUAUGGAGCGCUUGUUUGGAGCGUGUUCUGUCCAGAUCUUCGGGGAAAAGCACCGCCAAUCUCGGAGAAAUUUCGAAGGUCUGAUCCGCGCAUACACUUUGGACGACAUUUCAAGGAGAUGAAUCCUGUGGAUUGUGGACCUGGCAUUCUGGGGAGCAAAGCUGCACUACUCCGCCGAGUUUCUCGGCUUGUCCACGGUACUCUCUGUGCGAGUUAUCUUGCAAGUGGAGAGUCGGAUGUAGCAGAACCUCACCUACAUCAUGUCGAUGAGCGUCCAUGGGAGCAUCUCUAUAGUAAAACAGUACGAUCAACUCGUACUCUGUUGAGCCGUAUAUCAGCUAUUAAGAAUAAUACCAAACCGACAAUGACGAGCCAGAAGAGUGCAACAGAAGCGAGCACUCAGAUCCACUCUAGCAGCGUUAUCGAGUUUCGAGAACAACACCACUUUGGGGCACCUACUGACUUGCGCUAUCAAAGCAUCAACACCAAACGAUGGAGGACAAGAUGGGAUGAAGAUCCUAACCUUGGUGGUAAUCAAGCUGCAACGAUCUUCAGCGACUCUGGAAGCAUGAGGUUGCUACACGAUAAUUUGAAAUGGAUCAUUAAUGACCCUUUGAAAGGGUUGACCCGGCGCCAACUCCUGCUCAAACUAGCUCACCUGCGAGCCACCAAAGCAAGUUUAACAAUAUGGAACGGCAUUGGGGGACCAGAUAAUAUCAUCCAGAUAGCAUUAGAAGCUACACCGCCUCUAGACAUCCGCACGCUGGCCUGGCUUUGCAAGGGCGAAGUCGGCGCUGAAGAGGUGCUGAGCUUACCAUCUGACUACUCGGUUUGGAAGGCAAUUCUUACACCAGGUGAUUUAAACGAGUCCGAAAGGCUGGAAAGGUUUCUACUCCUCCUGAAUAGCGGCGCGCGGAUUGAAAAACCUCUAUAUUUCCCACCCAUAAUCAAAGAACCGAAGCCAGUCUUGAGCUUGUACCUACAUAGCUGCCGCCUGGCCACGCGCGCCGUAGUUGCAAACGAGAUAUGCCGGCACUAUGAGCGGGCUCUAGCUGAUGCUGAAUCGAAACCACGCGAGCCCAAUGCCACAAAGUACUACAUGACAGCUGCUCGAAGCUGUAGACCAAAAGGAAUGAGUGAUGACUCCGCAACCAUCGCCAACUCGACCGCUCUGGGUAACAUAGAGACUGACAGAAAAGAACACAAAGCCGCGUACCCCCUUCUUAAGCUGAAUUUUGAGCAGCUCCUGGACGAGAAGAAUGAUAUGCAUCGAGUGCAAAUUGCACGCUCCAGUCGCGCCUCCAACGAAAGAACGCCGCUUCUCACUGCGCCUCAAACGAAAUCGAUCCCGAACGACGAUGCACUCACUGCUAGUAUAUGCAACUACAUGAGCACCGAACCUGCAAUUCAAGACGGCUUAGCAGUCUUACACAGCAAGCCAGAGGACCUCAGCCUUCCGCCGCCAACUAUAAAGCCAUCGGUUCCUGGCUGGAGCGAGUGCGGCAACGCCUUCGUCAACGAGCUGACGCGCUCAGUCACAUUCAAACGACCGACAGUGAAACUAUCAAGUCUCCGCAAGAUCAGCAUCGGGCAGAUUGGCUCUAAGAACGUCCUCGAGAUCGACGUAGCGGACUUCGCAUUACCCGGAGAUCCGGAAGAAGACCACCAUGCGCUCCGGCAGCGGAUACAGAAGCGAUUUCCCUUCUUCGACGAGGCGUGGUACUCCGACGAGAAAAAUCAACAUCUCUCUUCUAGCGAUGAUGUUGAAGAUGAAGGCCACGACGACGAUGACGAUAUACUCGCUUCCCUUCGAGAUGACGAGAGAUGGGAACAGGAGCCUACAGCGGAAUUAUUGUCCGCUUUCGAAAUCAGACCGCCUGAUUUUAGCGCCGAGGUGUUCCUCUCGAAGAAUCUGAGCACCUUGUUCUUCUUCAUCCAGUAUCCGACUACUGCGCUUGGAUUGCUUUGGGAGCUGGUGCUAUGGGCGCAUGAGCUCGCUGGCGAGCCCAUCGUCGUUUCGUACGUGGCGUUGCGUGAAGAGCUCCGAUCACUUGAUACUACGCGCAGACCGCUACUCAGUCUGCUGCGCUGGGUACCUAUGGUUUUUGGGCGUGUUAUUGUCCUGCUGCUGGCGGGUGUGGUUUGCUUGCUGGGGGCGGCGUUGGUGGUCGCCGUCGUACUCGCUUUUAUGCUGGGAUGAAGCCUGUAUAGUUGGGACGACCUUGUGAGAGUACUUACUCCAAAUCAUGGUGUAUAUAUGAUCAAUGAUGCUUGUCGAAGGAGACAUAGUAAAUUCCGAGAAACCUGCCAAUAAUUGAUUCACUUCGCUUGCUCUAAGAAUC